AUGCACGGGACCAUCCCCACAAACUGCGAACGCGCCGAUCAGAUACGUGUGGAUUUCACCCCUCGUGGCGCUCUGGAGGCUGCGCUGCCCUCGUGUCCAGACCCUGUGGAGCGGCUGCCGCCCGGCAGCAACCCGCAGGCACGCCGAGGAAACGCGCACGGGCACGUGUGCCUUAUCGCCGGCCUGGACGGCGGCGGCGCACGCGCCUCUGCG